AUGGUUGUUAAGAAAAGAGAUGACUUUGCAGUUAUCCAGCAGGAGAUAGUGAUGAUGAAAGAAUGUAAACAUCCCAAUAUAGUGGCAUAUUGGGGAAGUUACCUGAGGAGAGACAAGCUAUGGAUAUGUAUGGAAUACUGUGGAGGAGGGUCCAUGCAAGAUAUAUAUCAUGUUACUGGUCCCCUGAAUGAGUCCCAGAUAGCCUUUGUGUGCAGGGAAACUCUGAAAGGGUUACACUAUUUACACAAUCGAGGAAAAAUGCAUAGAGACAUCAAGGGUGCUAAUAUUCUGUUGGAUGAUGAUGGAGAUGUGAAGCUAGCUGAUUUUGGCGUGUCUGCACAAAUCACAGCCACAAUCUCCAAAAGAAAAUCUUUCAUAGGCACCCCAUAUUGGAUGGCACCAGAGGUGGCAGCCGUGGAGAGGAAGGGGGGCUACAACCAACAGUGUGAUAUUUGGGCAGUAGGGAUUACAGGGAUCGAAUUUGCUGAGCUUCAGCCACCCAUGUUUGAUUUGCAUCCUAUGAGAGCUCUGUAUCUCAUGUCCAAAAGUGGCUUCAAAUCACCCACAUUGAAAGAUAAAAAUAAAUGGUCUCCCACAUUUCAACACUUUAUAAAAGUGUCUCUUACAAAAAAUCCCAAGAAAAGACCCUCAGCUGGAGAGCUUUUACAGCAUCCUUUCCUCCAAGGGGAUUUGACCAAGAGGUUAUCCAAGGAGUUAUUACACAAGUUCCACAAUCCAGCUAAUGCAAUCUACCAGGACCCAGCAUUAGAUGCUGAUGAGGAGAUGUCAUUGGAUGUUCCCAGACGGAUUUCAUCAAAGAAUGACAAGGACAGGGAGAGAGCCAAGUCCCAGUCGGAGACUGACAUUGGCAACUUGAACUUAGAAGCACCCCUAGUGACGGAUAUAAAAGAAGACCAGGGUGCGUCUGGGUAUGAGGUGGUGGAAUCCUGGGGGUUACAGCCAGAAGACAGACAAUCUGAACCUGUAGAUGGAGAGGAAGAGGAACAAGGAGAAAUAGAAGACUGGAGAGAUGAAGAUAACUCUCUGUUAGCAAGUGUCAAUGAGGAAUUACUCCAAAGGGGGCAUCGCAGUAGCUUGAUCUCGCCAGACGAAGAUUUUGACAAUUCUGAAUACACACAGCAGGAGACAUUGCCCAUGGGAGCACCACCAGUGCCACCUAGGGUGCAUGCAAGGAAAUGUACAUGGUUAUAUGUGAUAAAAGAUGUUAUGAUGUCAUUAUCAGGCAAAACUCCUCAGUUAUUUCGCCAUGACUUGGUGAUGCUGGUGGCCAGGCAGUCCCACAGGUUGUCUUUGCCCAUUAACAAAAUACCUGAAAAAUUAGUGCCAAGAAAAUUCAUCCCCACAACCAAAGUCCCCGACACCAAGGGCUGCUCCAGAUGUUGUGUAGGGAGGAAUCCAUACAAUGGGUACAAAUAUCUGUGUGGUGCUCUCCCCAACAGUGUCAUCUUGAUGCAGUGGUAUGAUCCACUUAACAAGUUCAUGCUAUUGAAGGUAUGAGUAACAACAUCUGGCCUUAUUUCAAAGUAUUAAAACUAUUCCUAGUGACUAGAAUUGUGAAAGCUUUUUCUGAGAGCUUUGGCCUGUAUGAGUGGCCUGUAUCAUGCUGACAUAUAUGAUAUAUAAGAUAUAUGAUAAGUUCUGCCUUUU